AUGGCGGCCUUGGAGACCGGCGAGAUGCUUCCGAGGAGGAGCGAAGAGGGCGCCGCUGCUGCCGCCACGAGCUUCCAGAGGCGAGGCGGGCGCUUGGCCUCUCUGCCAGGGACACGGCCCUCGGCGCGACACGGCCAGCUCCUCCUCUCCAGCGGCCUCCCUUCCCUGGACGCCGGGCUCGGUGGAGGUAUGGCAGUUGGAACACUUCUUCUUAUAGAGGAAGAUGUAUAUGGUGUUUACGCCAAUCUAUUUUUCAAGCAUUUCCUUGCAGAAGGAGUCAUCUGUGGACAAAAUUUAUUUGUUGCUUCUGAUAAAGAGGACCCUGCUGACAUCCUAAAGGAUCUUCCGUCACCUUUGUUGAAUACUUCUGUCAAUGUAAUGGAAGAAUUAGCAGCAAGAGCUGUGACAUCUAAGCAAGAAUCCCAGGAAUCCAUGAGAAUAGCAUGGCGUUACCAGAACAUACCAAAACUGGAGGUGACUCAGACGGCAUUUUCAAAAUUUGGGCACUAUUUUGACUUAUCAAAAACAAUGUCUCCAGAACUAAUCCAGAAUAUCACAUGGAAUGGUUUUUCGCUUUUUGAAGAAACAAAUUUUUGCCCUGAUGAGAAAUCAUGUGAAAUGCCCUGUGGUUAUACCAGAUUGCUUCAUUCCAUUCAGAAGGUCAUUUACCAGCGAGGAUAUGAUGGCUCUGGACCCCAGAAAAAAGAAAGGAACAUUUUAAGAAUUGGAAUUCAGAGCCUUGGAUCAGUACUGUGGGGUGAUGAUAUUUGUUGUACUGAAAAUCCACAAAGUAUUAAUAGACUCACCAAAUUUCUGUACGCUCUCCGUGGUCUCCUCAGAACAUCUUUGUCUGCUUGCAUGAUCACAGUUCCAGCUCAUCUCAUCCAGAAUAAAGCAAUUAUGGAACGUGUUAUAAACUUGUCUGAUACAGUAGUUGGCCUUGAAUCAUUUAUUGGCUCUGAGAGAGAAACCAAUCCAUUAUACAAGGAUUACCAUGGGUUGAUUCACAUACACCGGAUUCCUCAACUUAAUAGCUUGAUAUGUGAUGUGCCAGACACGAAGGACCUUGCCUUUAGACUGAAAAGAAAGCUCUUCGUUAUCGAGUCAUUUUCAACUCUUUGUGACCUCAUGGACCAGUCUACGCCAGAGCUCCCUGUCGGCCGUUGCCGCCCCCAGUUUCUUCAAGUUCAUGCCAGUCAUGUCAAGGAUACCGUCCAUUCAUCUUGCCCUUGGUUGGCCUUUCUUACUUUUUACUUUUUGCUUGUUCAAGUCAUACACCCAGCAAAACCAAUGAAAAUAUUUCUAUGGAUUUCUGCAACAGCGAUUGCAUUUGCCUCCAGACUUGUCAGACACAGUGAGCCGCACAAGCAAACAGGAUCUGGCAGAACCCACCAAAUUGCUGAGCUCAGGAUGUAGAGCAAUGGCCAUAGGCAAGGAGCACCUGGACUUCUAGAGAUUUCUACUUAGCAGUUUCACUUCGAAUUAUAUGACACUCUAAUUAUGACUGUUAAUGACUUAUGUAAAUAUUUUCUUAAAGAUUAUGACACAAUGGUCUAUUUUUAAGCAGCUAAAUUUUAAGUUGGAGACCUUAUUUUUGUUAUUUUUAAUUUUGAAUGUGUUGUUUUGGUUUGCUUUCUUUUUACUGUAGACACGUACAUCCUAAUUUUGUAAACCUAAUGUAGAUUGCUGUUUUGAAGGGUCAUAUUAUUUUCAAUUAACAUCAAUUUACCGGUUAUUAUUACAAUUUAGGAUAGUUGAUGAAACAAAGAAAAAUACAAUUGUAUAUGCUUAACCAAACUAUUGUACAUAUGUUUGAGCACUUUUGUAUUUUUGUAUCUGUAUUGUGAAUAAUAAAUAAAUUUAUGAAUUCUU